CCAAAAUGGCGAUGGCAAUUGGGAUAAAAAGCAUCACGGGCGAUGCGCACUUCUUCGAGGAGAGCAUGAACCUGGACCGCAUCCGUAAGCUGCUGGACAACAAACUGGGUGUUGCCGGUCACAGCGAGAAGCUCGAGGCCAUGAAAACUCUGCUCGCCAGCAUCUCCAAGGGCGAAGACGUGUCUCCAUUCUUCGCUGACGUGGUGAAGAACGUGAUCGUGGCCAGUGUCGAAGUCAAGAAGCUCGUGUACAUGUACCUGGUGCACUACGCAGACGCCAACGCGCAGUGUCGCGAGCUGGCGUUGCUCAGUAUCAACAGCUUCCAAAAGGAUCUGGCCGACCCGAAUCAGCUCAUUAGAGCGCUGGCGCUACGGGUAAUGACCAGUAUCCGCGUCCGCGACAUCGUUCAGAUCCAACUCAUCGCUAUCCGCAAAUGCGCGGCCGACGACUCCGCUUAUGUCCGAAAAUGCGCCACAAAUGCGAUUAGUAAAGUGUUUGUGCUGGAUCCGGAACAGAAGGACGUUCUGGCUGAGAUCAUUGGGGAAUUACUCAAUGAUUCCAGUACAAUGGUGCUGGGGAGUGCCGUACAGGCCCUUAACGAGGUCUGUCCGGACAGACUGGACCUGCUACAUGGUCCUUUUCGGAAACUCUGCCAUUUAUUGGCAGAUAUCGACGAGUGGGGGCAAACUGUGACCCUCCAUGUGUUGAUACGGUACUGUCGAGAACAGUUCCAAGCCCCUGCUGUACAGGAGAAGAAGGAGAUGUUCCCUAAAAGGAAAAGUAAGAAAGGUUUCUAUUCGGAUGAAGGCAGUGGCUCGGACGACGACGAGAAGCAGAAACUGAUGAAGAACCGGUCGCCGUUUCUAUUGGGAGGAAAUUCCAUGCCCUCUGUUGGCUCCGUGUUCCGUAGUGACGCGCUGGCUAGCGGUAUUGGAGGAGGAGAAGAGCUGGAUGAAGACCAUCGACUGCUGCUACGCUCGUCCAUCCCGUUGCUUAAGUCGAGGAACAGCGCGGUGGUGCUGGCUGUGGCUACACUGCAUUACUAUUGUGGCACACAUAGUAUGGCUACAUCCACGUUGAUUGUGAAGUCGCUUGUAAAGAUCAUGCGGAACCAGCGUGAGAUCCAGUACGUUGUGCUGUCCGUCAUCUCGUCUAUGGGCACGUCUCGUCCGGACAUGUUCCGGCCCUUUCUGCAAGAGUUUUUUGUACGUGCGACGGAUCCUGCGUACGCACGGAAACUCAAGCUGGAGAUCUUGACGUCUUUGGUCACGAACGACAAUGUGAGUAUCAUUUUACGCGAGUUCCAGGCCUAUGUGCGUCACGUGGACAAGUCUUUCGUCACGAUGACGGUGCGUGCUCUGGGGCGUGUAGCUGACGCGAUGCCGUCAGUAGCGGAGCGCUGCUUGAGCGGCUUGAUGCGUCUGGUUCGCAGCUCGAACGACCAGGUCGUGGCGGAGAGUGUGGUGGUGAUCCGUCAGCUACUGCAGCAGCAAGCUAUCAGGAAGGACCGUCUUCUGGUCGUGCGCUCUUUGGCUGCAAUGAUGGUGACUGGCCGUGUGACGAGUCCAUCUGCGCGUGCUUCGAUCGUGUGGAUGCUGGGAGACUUCAACGAUGAUGGCAACGGCACGACGUGUGCGGCUGAGUCACUUCGACUGCUGGUUAAGGAAUUCUCGGACGAAUCGACUGAAGUCCGGCUUCAGCUGCUGAAUUUGUCAGUCAAACUGGGUCUACGAGAGCCUCAGAAGCGCACCAUCCAGCUGCUGCUUCAGUACGUGAUGGAGCUGUGCAAGUUCGACAUCGACUACGACGUCCGUGACCGUGCGCGGUUGGUCCGUGCUGCGCUCUCUGGAGACGCGAGUGUCGUGAACCCGCACAAGUUGUUUGCGAGCCAGAAACCAGCCCCGCUGAUUGGCUACGACGACGAGAGCAAGACGCGCUUCACGCUCGGAUCCAUGUCGAAUGUGGUGCGGCACAGUGUCCCUGGGUAUCUGACGUUGCCCUCGUGGCGAUCGGCCAAGCCAGAUCGAUCUCUACGUGAUGAAGCUGUGGUUGUGGGCACGACCCGCAGCAAUUCGUCGCGUCCUGGCGCCACGAAGCCGACGAAGAAGAAGGAGAGUGGCUCGAAGGGCUUUUACAGCGACGAGAGUUCCGGAUCCGAGUCCGAAUCGCAGUCGGAAUCCGAAUCGGAAUCUGAAAGUGGAUCCGACGAUGACUCGGAAAGCGGUAGCGACGCGAGUGGCUCCGACUCGGCUUCGGAAUCCGACAGCGACGUCUCGUCUUCGGAAAGCGAGUCCGAGGCCUCUUCCGAGGAGGAAGAGCGUUCACGUCGACGUCACAAGAACAAGACAAAGUCCCCGUCACAGUCGAAGAAGACGAAGCCAGUCAAUGCAUUCGACUCGCUGGAUCUCGUGGGUUCUCCCGGUAUGGCUCCAGCCAGCACGCCUUCCAUGCAGCCAUUCCCUCCCACGGCUGCGUCCACUGGCGCAUCUGCUAGCAAUCUGCUGGGCGAUCUCAUGAGUCUCAGCGUGUCUUCGUCGACGACGCCACCUCCGCGUCACGAGCUGCUGUCGUCGCUGGCUGGGAACGGACUGGACGUCCACUACGCGUUCCUCCGUCAGCCGUCCACGCACUCACCUGGCCUGAAUGUGGUCCAGUUGUGGCUGGCGAACAACUCGAACGAGCCCAUUGCACGCGUCCAAGUGGUCGGGAAGAACCCGCAGCAGGUGGUGUCGUUCCCAGAGCUGCCGGUCUUGUUCCCUGGCGGCUCGACGUCCACGGCGCAGCUCCACGUGGAUUUCCAGGGACGUGUGGACAACAUCCCGCUGGAGAUCAGCACGAGUGCAGACACGUACGACGUGGAUCUGUCUCCGCUUGUUGGCGAGCUGCUCGUGCCGCAGCAGAUGAACCUGGCAGACUUUGAGCGUCGCAUCUCGAUGACGGACGCGACGUCACUCCACACGAGUGAGCUGACGCUGUCUGCUCCAGUGCAGAUGAACGCGGUGGUGCAGGCUGUCCAGAAGCAGUGCAACGUCGCUCAGAUCUACGAGAUCAACAACAUGAAUGGGGUCGUGGGGAAAUGCAAGUUCGCGGGUCGGUUCCGUAGCGGCGACGCCAGUGCGGAACAGGUUCUGAUCGGCUUGGAAGUGCAGCUCCAGAGCGGCAAAGGACGUCUCCUCAUCGUCAUGCGGGACUCGGUACUGGCCCACCGACUUGGUGCGAGCAUCAAACAGUCUCUACCACUUCAAGUGGAGUAG